AUGGAAUAACUCUUAAAUUCUUUGUUAACUCAAUCAUCUAAGAAGCAGAAGAAAGUUGUUUUUAUCAAUAAAAAUCGCAUGAAUAGAGAGUAUUCACUUUUCUAAAUACAUUUAAAUUAGUUACAAAAAUGUCAAUAACCUGUAGAAAGGUUAGGAGAAUAGUCGGCACUCAAAUAAUCUUGUAUUAAAAGAUAAAAUAAAAGUCCAUUAAUUAGAAAAUAAUAUACUAAUAAAGAUCUUUAGAAUAAGUAGAUGCUUUCCAUGCCUUAAUAACUACAUUAAAGAUUUAUCCAACAAAAAGAAAAAGAAUUAGUCUAAUUUCUUACGAUAUGUUUAACAAUUCUGUCACUUAUUGUGAUGUUUGUUGAGUACCAUUAACAAGAAAAUUAUAGAAGAUUUUAUGAUAAUUGA